AUAAUGUGCGGGACGUCAGUCAUCAGUGUGAUGUUACGUAUUGAAUUGUGUUCGUCUGUCGCGAUGUGAUAAUUUUCGUAAGAAAUUUAAGUUCGCGUUCUUUUAAUUGUGCACUGAUAAGAAUUGAAAUUUUCGGAAACCCCAUCUUAAUUUAGAAUGCAUUCCAUGUAUCAGUGGUAAUUGAAAAUUUCCCAGUUAUCUACCGGAAAGUUCUCCAGCAUCAGUGGACAACUCGCCGACAACGUUUCGAUAUUUUCCGACACCUGUGGAGUGUAAAUUCGAAGAUCUUCAAUCUUUAUGAAACAAAUAGUGCAAAAAUCGUUCGGUAUUCGUUAUCGUUCUCGUUCGAAUAUUAUUAAUAAUCAAUAAUAAUUACAUGAAAUCGGUAACGUGAUUGUGGCGCGUACUAUGGUGUGUGAAAAAUUCGUGUUUGUGCAUUUGCAAGAAAUCAACGACUUCAACAGGUAGUUCCAGCCAUAUUCCUCUGUCGAAUUUCUAAUUUGAUCGAAGAAUGCUGUGUAUUGGUUUUUUGGUGCUGACUUCUGUCCUUUACACUGCGAAUUCUCAACAAGGUCAAAAUUUCUUCUUCAAUUCAGAUAAUCGACAGCAAGCCAGGUUCAUCCCAUCCUUCCCAGCAAAUCAGUUCAGCGGCUCUCAGCAAUCAUUCGUGAAUUACUUUCCGCAAACGAACGCCGGUCCUUUUCUACCCUUUCGAGCGACCGAUUUUCGUCUGCAGAACGGUCAAGUGAACAGUGAUUCGAACACCUUAGCUUCGACUAAUAAAUUUCAACGUCAGCAGCAACAGCAACAACAACAACCGCAACAGCAAUUCAGUUCACCUUCUUUCAACACCGAAGUCGCAGCUUCUGAUCCGAGAUUCGAUUCGUUGAUAUCGUCUCCCGGAUCAUUUACGUCGAACGGCGAAGACUACUCUGAUGCAAAUUUCCACGAUGCUACAGCCGAUAUCCAACCACAGUCGAGAUUCUCGCAGACAGACAACAGACAACCGAUACAAUUCCGAAGUAAUCAGAUAGCCAGGUUUCCACCGGUCGCCAUAUCCGAAGUUACCCGUAGUCAAGAUAGCCCAAAUAAUCCAAAUUUACUCCAAACUCAUAGUUUUGUUAACGUUCAUCAUACCACACGUCACCCCGAAGAGUUACCAUUAACGCAGAAUAACCGAUGGCGAAAUUCACCCGUCCCACAAGACGAUUUCAGCAACUUCAGGCCGAGAAACGUACCAUUUCAGCAAUUCACUUCUGGCAAACCUGCAGUAACCGAGGCUACUCCGAAUGAAGAUGUAUUCGCUAAAUUCAACCGAUUCGCUCCCAAAGAGCAGACUUUCCUGGUGGCUACCCCCGAAUCCAGCCCUACUCAGAUCUUCGAACACGAACCGACGCCCCAAGUAAUCCGACACGAUAGCCAUUUUGCGCCUCAAACGCAAACCGUCGACAAGAAAGAAGUGCAAAUUAAGCCGGCCAAAAAUAAUCGAGUCAAAACUAACAGUAAUAUUCAGCCGACGACGUACUCGCCGCCCAUUUUAUUAGAUAAUAGGAUUAGAAACACACCGUCGACUAGUACCCAAUCGAGCACCGAACUCUCGAAUCUUUCUAAAGCGCAAAUAUUAGCUAGAAAUAACGCGCAAGGUAUUAUCAGAGGAAGGAAUAAAUUCAGCAGACCGCCUAGCGAAGUUGAAAAAACAACCAAACCCGCUAACAAACUUAAAACCACCAGUAAUCUUCAAACUAGAAGCCCGAGCUCGACCACAGCCAAAGCUGAAUUUAGAAACGAUGAAAAUGAAAAUGAAAACGAAAACGACAGCGAAAACGAAAACGAUAAUUUCGAAGUGGUUACCAUGUCCCAAGAUCAUCUGUUCGUCUCCGAAGAUAAUUUUAAAGGUUUUGUUGACAGUGCGGUAAUUGAUUCGACUGAGCCGCCUACUACCGAAGAUUUCCAAAUACAAGAAGAUACCACCAUAGCUCCUUCCUCUACGACUUAUGCUUCAGUCAAAAAGAAAGUAUUACAGUCUUCAGAUAAAUCCUCCAAAGAACACGAAGAACGUACCACGGAACGUAAAGACGCUGAUAUCACACCAUCAACGACUGAAGGUUGGAUAAUUGUUGCAUCUGUUCAAACGAGUAGAAGCGUUUCGGGGGCUAGAUUUAUACCAUCUUCGGCUAUCAAACAAGAGCAGCAUCCUUUGCCAUUGGAUUCGAAAUCUAUUAAAGAAGCCAAGACACACGUUGAUAAGAAACAUCCGAAUGAUAGUGCUCCUAGUGAGACGUCCACAAAAGCUUCCCAUAUUGUGGCUAAUACGACUUCGAAGACUAGUUCGACUUUGUCUACUGAAAGCAUCAUUGAUAAAUUGGAUCAGGUACAAUCGGAACUAUCGAGCGGUAUCUUGAGCGCCUUCCCAUCGCAAGAUAAACAACCACUAGACAUACCUAACAUCUCCACUACAACUUCGAAGCCGUCAACCACGUCAACCACGACAGAAUCCUCAGACGAGGAACCAUUCACCAGGAAAUUCAUACCAGCUGCAAAACGAACCACCACGAAGCCGAAAACCGAUCGUAAUAAAUCGCUAUUCGAUACCAUACAAUUCGAUGAUCUCACCGGAUUAUUACCGGACGGUUUCAAGGCGCGACCUGGUUUCACGCCUAAAAACCCAGCCAGUACGACCAAAAGCUCGAAGACUGCAGAGCCCAGCUCAACUUCUACGACAACUGCGACGACCACGACCACGACUGAAAAAACCACUCGAAAAGAUGGCAAAAGUAAAUCGAAUUCUUUAUCUAAUUUGAAAGUGAAAAUAAAAUUCGACGACGUUAGCUCGUUCCUACCGCCCGGAUACAAACCUCCUGCAGAAGACACCUCGGAGACGGAAAAAGUCGAACCUAAGAAACCAACGGAGUCUGCUGAAUCGACGACGAAAGCUACCGAAUCAAAAACUGCUCCUACUGCCAUAUUAAAUAAAGCUAAACCAGUAGAUAUAAGCGCCUUUUUACCUCCAGGAUUUAAAUUAGAAAGCACGACGACGACCGGUGCACCGAAAUUGGAAUCCGUUUUGGGUAAAAUCCAGUUCAAAGAAACCAACGAAUUAUUACCGCCCAAUUAUUCUUCGACCGAAGUGCCAAAAAGUACACCGAAGCAGGAAACUAGCAGCAGCGGUUCGAAGGUUGUAUUCCCGAGUAGACCGGGUGGUAAUAAAAAACCAGCACCCCCUGUUACUCCUAAAACCGCCGGACCGGCCAAACAGUCGUCUUUGUUACCAUUCCAAGUACCCAAUAUACAAAAGGGUUGGCCCGUUAGGAGUAGCACGGAGUUUACAGGUUGGUCGACUCCAACCCCUAGUCCUAUAUCUGUAGAAAAACUCUUACAAGCUGCCAAGGAAGCAGCAGCUAAGGAGAAAGCUGAAGCCGAAACGUCUACUGCGCCAAGUACCACGACUACCUCUACUACUACGACAACCACUCGUAAGCCGACUACUCCCGGUAUAUGCUCCCAUGAUUGUGAUUUGGCCGGAUCCAUCAGACUGGUCAGUGGUGUUAAAUGGGUGCCGGAGUUAUUGGAUCAUAAUACCAAAGAGUGGAGGAGUUUGGCUAAUGAAGUGCAACAUCAACUCGAGCACAUAUUCCAAAGCUCUGAAACAUUAAGUAGAUGGUAUAGGAGAAUAACGAUAGACGCAUUCAGCGAAGGCAGCGUAAUCGUGGAUUAUUUCGUUGAACUUAGCGAUCUUGGCCGUACGGUGAACACGGCCGAUAUGAAAAGACUUUUCCACGAAACCCUAGUCCAAGAAAUGGUGACCAGCGAGACGUUUACGUUAUCGAAUAACAGCGAUUAUCGUCAACUCAAGCUGGGAAAAUUUGUAAUCGAUCCUGUACAUACAGAUUUCACUGUAAUUCAGAAAACAAUUACACCGGCAGUUCGAAUGGCCGAACAAGAUAUGUGGAUACCUCAAUGGGCCAUUGCAGUCAUCGUUAUAGGAUUGGCGUCCUUGUUAUUCGUGCUGAUUUUUGGAAUCACUGUGGUAAUCAGCAGGCAUAAAAAUUCAAAGAAACAUCCGACCGCCUUAACCGAAGAGAUGUUGAACGAAUUGAAUAAAAGUCACAUGGGCGGUUUCGAAAAUUACGGAGCUGAUGAUCUAUACAAUAUGGAAGAUGUCUGGAAUGAAAAACCUUUCAAAAAACGAUCUAGUUAUUAUCACGAUGGCAGCAUGCCGAAUAUCUACGAUAGCUGGAGAUCAGGUUGGAAUGGAUAUUACGGUAAUAAUGGUAAUAGUUACUACAAUGGAAGUAUCCGCAGCGGAUAUUCUAGAAGAAGAUCUGAUUACGAUACGAAUUUUUAACCAAUUGGGUAUUUUAUUUUUAUUUUUGAUGAUAUCAAAUUCUCAUUGACAUACUUGAUCUGAUCAAGUUCAUAAGUAAUGUGAGAUGAUUUAGGACAUAUUUUUGUGGACCUAUUUUGGCGGGUACCUGUAUAGAUAGGAAGAGAUUUUAUGAAAAGAUAGCUAAAGCUAUGUGCUUAAGUAAUGCUAUAGAGUGGAGUUCGCUUACUCUAUGUAAAAGUACCUAUUAUAUGAACGCCUUGUGUACUUAAAUGUGUGAAUUUUAUCAUUUUUUUUUUACUAUUAUUUCAUUUGAUUUUUUUCUCUCGUUAUUCUGUCAAUACUUUGUAUAUUUUAUUACCAUUUUUUUCCUUUUUUUAUACGUCGUUUUAUAAAAUAAUAUUUCGUUGUGUGUAAUGUGUGUGAGAGUGUAUUUGUGUAAAUUUGAAUUUGAAAGCUCAAAUAUAGUAGAAAUUAAAUUAUUAUUUUUGUUUAGCGUGUUUUUUUUUGUGAAAUGAAGAAGAAUACUCGUGUUUUAUGUACCUAGUUUUAUUGUUAUGUGAUAAUUAAUUAAACAUAUCAUUAUAUAUAUUUAUUGUUUUGGAAAACUUCUUGAUAAUGUGUAAGUUUUCUGUCUCUCUCUCUGUCUUUUUUUGUACGUACUAUUUUCUGAAUAUAAAAUCAGUGUUUUUGUUA